ACGGCGUUCUCUCCCGCCCACUCCCUCACUCAUUCAGUGUGUCUGGCUAUUGCACAUCGAGUUUCAUCACGGCCAUCGCCUCCCCUCCACCGCACGUCAACACCAGCCGCCCGCCACACAUGCCGCCUCCGAGAGGGCCGCGCACCCCAAGGCUGCUGGGCUGCGAAGGAGGCAACGACGCGACAACCUGAGACGAAGUCGCGUCGGUGGUGGGCGGAGGGCUCUCACGCCGUCUGCGGGGCGCAGAGGGGAGAACCGUCCCGCAUCUCAACGUCGUCGCCACCUGCAGGUCGCUGCCCAACACGAUCACGUUGCCGCCUGCAUGCCAACAUACACGCCAAAGUGAGGGAACUCUUGUGUCUGUCUGUGUCGCUAUCGGUUACCCGCAGUGAGGACGCAGAGGAGGAGGCCCUCCUGCGCGCUCGUGUGUGGCAGCUGGACUCGGGAGAGGAAGAGGUCUGUGACGGCGGUGUUGGCGUCUUUUGCCUCCAGACCGCCCUCUCUGACAGGCACUGAGCGAGGCGACCCACCCACAGCCACGGUCGUCAGGUCUAUCUGACGGAUCAUCUGAAAAAGACAGACGCAAUCCAUCGCUCCUUUUGUUUCCUUCGACUUGCAUACCUCUCCGUCGGCCGUUCUGAGCAUAAAGAGGUCGCACUCUCUGCCGACGACCACCGCGCCCCUGCCCUCGAUGAACUCGCCCACCACCAGCCCCCCUCGCCGCGUCGACCCCGACGUCGGCGUGCACGCCGUCCACUGCAGCGCCAGCCGAUCGCCCACCACCACCAGCAUUGCCGUGCUCUCUAUCGCUUCCGCCGGCUGCCUUGCCGGCUGUGAGUAGGUGGUGGAGAGCAGUGCGACGUGUCCGCUCGCCCAGCAGAGGAGGACAGAGGUCUCGUGGGCGGUGCCGGCCCCCUCGCCGUCGUGAAGGGCGAUGAUGGAGUGGUGCGCUCGGAUGGAUGUGACGGCAGUAGACGUGGGCGCAGCACUCCCACCACCAGCAGCAGACGGGGCGGACGCGAGCGGCUCGGAGGGGACAUCCACAAUGAGUGGCGUGGUCUUUGCGCUGGGCUGGUUGACCCGCAGGCCGUACGCGAAGACCUCUCCGCCACGUGUGCCGACACACACCAGGCCAACUGCACACACACAGAGGGAUAGAGAGAGGAAGAGGUGCAGGCCAUGGAGUGGAUGCGGCAGGCCAUGGAGUGGAUGCGCACGUACCAGCGAUCUCAGAGAUGCAUGUGAGUGGAUGCCGGCACUGCGCCACGUCAAUCUGACAUAAAGAGCAUCGCCGAAGGAAUGCCAUACGCCGGACACAUCUGCUUGGCGGUCCUUACCUUUGCGAGUUGCCUGGGUGUCGUCAGCUGAAAGGCUCGCGCCGUGCCGUCCUCCAGUGCAGCCAUCACCACCCAGCCCCCCUCGCCCUCCGCACCACCAGCCGCCCCCUCCUCCCCAGCGACACGCACAAAGGCGACGUCAUUGCACUGGUGCUUGAGGGCGUAUGCCCUGACUUGGUCGAUGCGGCCGCUGGCGUGAGAGGGACCAGGGGGCCUGUCUGACGGCAGCGAUGCCAUGGUGGUGGAGGGAGGGUCGGCCUGCCACACCCGGAGGCUGAGGUCAGACGCCGCCGUCGCCACCCACGUCUGCAGACACCACACGAGCAAUCAACAAGCAGAGAUGGAGAUUCCUGGUCGAUCUCUGCACCCACCUUUGGCCGUGGCAGGUUGGCGCUUUGUGUCUUGUCGUCCGUCGGCUUUCUGUGGGUGGUGCGGGGUGAGCGUGAGGCUGUCACGGCCGGUUCCGGCGGCUUUGGUGUGAGGGUGAGUGUGUCUAGGCAUCGGAUGGGCUGAGUGUGGGACGUCCAGACGGGAGUGCGCAGCCGACUGACCCAGUUGACACACCAGAUACUGUUGGCAUCAGUCGCCACCACACCCUGCACAAAACAAAGAUGCAGGCAGGCAGGCACAUACACGCAUACAGAGGAUGGAGUAGCCCUUUUUCUCUCUCUCUCUCUCUACCUGUUGCAGAGUGCUAUCAAACGCCACGCUAGAGAUCCUGCCGUCAAACACCAAGGCCUGAACCAACCAACCAACCAACCAACACCACCCGAAGGAAGGCAGGCAGUGUCUGUGUCACACUGGGGGUGGAUGGUGCUCACUUGCGCAGACAUCCGGGGCGGCAUCGGCUGCUUGACGGGGUCCUUGCCGCCCUCCCUGUCGACACACGUCGGUGCGUGGCUACAUUCGUGAGGAUUAGUGCAUAGCAUCUGCCUGUCUGUGGCAGGCGCGUACCUGCCUCUGGCCGCCAGCAGAUCCACUGUGCACUUGGUGAGGCUCCGCGACGCGUCUAGGGUCACCAGCAGCUCACGCGAGCGAAAACACGCUAUGCACCCUAUACCCACACCCACACCCCCCCACACACACGCAGAUGCAAUGUCAACAAAGUGACCAGAAGAACGUACCGAUGGAUUCGUCCGCCACUAGCAUGUCGUAGAUGACUUUGUUGUGCGAAUCGGAGAAGGACACCUCGAGGGCGUACACGUAGCCCAGACGGGUGGCCACGAGAAGCAGCAGGGGGCUCUUCAUGUCACGCCGCGUGAAGCACGCACACGUCGCCACGUCGUGCACCUGGCUCGGCUCGCCAUCGCUGUCUUGUGGCCGGUCACGCACCAGGGGAAUCGCCGCCUCCAUAAACUGUAUCACCCACACCAGUGACCAUUCUCCUUCGCCCAUCCUCUCUCUCUCUCUCUCUCUCUCUCUCUUCUACCUGAGCGUCGGCCCCGACGCGAGCACCAGCAGCCUCACCGCCAGCAGUGUUCUCGAUGACGCGCCACAGCAGGACACCUUUGGGCGAGAGCGUCACGAAGUCCAUGGGGGCGCUGGGCGGGGCGGACACGAUGGCCGUCAGGGGGUGGGGGAGGGUGUCGAUGCGCUUGAUGGGCUCGAGCUGCUCGACCGAGUACGGCGGCUGGAGCGACCCCAGGCUCCAAAUGCACAAGUGAGCACCACCUACCAUCCAGAAAACAGAGAGACUGAUGUCGGGGAAAGAAAUGAGCACUGCCUCUCUUGACGGUUGUUCACCUCCUGCGAUGAGAUACUGCGGCGUGAACUCCACUAGCAGCGGCCUCGUGUAUGCGAACCCCGCCAGCGCCAUUCUCCGGACGCUUCUCGCCUUCAGGUCCCACACCACCAACACGACCGGUGCCGUGCCCUCGGCCAUUGGCAGUGGCAGAGGCCCCUCAGGCCCCCAAUGCUCCUGCGGAGCGUGCAGUGCAGCCAGAAAUGCCGCGUCCUUGGUCGCUGCCAUGGCCACGAUCGGCCCAUUGGGAGGGCGACCCGGCAGCUCGGGAGCCACCAGCACAAACUGAUGACGCUGUGACGGCGAUGCCGACGGGAGAGAGACACCUGUGCCGCUGACCCUGCCCUCCCGCGCCGGUUCGUCGACGUGGAUGGCCGAGCCGACAGCAUGGCAGAGCAGCCCCCGACCAGCGAACCACAAGGCGGCUCCCUGGGGGCACUUGGCCGGCGUGCAGCCGCUCAGACCCUCCAGCUGCAGCCGGUAGGUCAGUGGUGGUGGGGGACCUUCACGUUUGUCUUCUUGUGUCUUGGUGACGGCUGGCGACAGAGGGGCGGCAGCAGGGGCGGGCGAGGCGGGAGGGGAAGAGGACAGAUCUGGGGAGGGGACUCUUUCGGCUGCGGCUGCAACUGGAACCGAUGGUGCUGGUGGUGGGGGCGGGGGUGGGGGAGGGGGCAUGGGGGCGGGCUGCAGGUCCUUCAGUGGCGUGUUCACGAAGACCUCAGUGGUGGUUGGGCCCUCCUUGAUUGGCGGCUCCCGCUGCUGCUGGACGGUCUUGGCCACACCCCUGCCGCGCGUCACCCUGGUGCCGACGGGUGCUGCCCCAAGUGACGGGAAUUUGGCAGGGAUGGCCUCCUCCAGCGCCUCUGUGACACUCGGCCUGACCUUCCACAACACUGCCUCCUCAGCCCCCACAGUGACGACCCACUCGCCGCACGCCAUGACGUCGCGGAUGACGCCGUUGUGGCCCUUGAAGGCCGCAUAGGGGGGGACGGGCGCAUCGGCCAUGGAAGUGGAGGACGCCUCGCGCUCUUUGUCUUUGUCCCGUGCACCUUGAUCAGCAGUAGCGGCGGCACGGAGGCUCUUGGCGCUCCCGCUGCCCACCAUCUCGGGAAGGACGGGCCGGGGAGCCGCGCCGUGGAGGUCGUAAGCCUGACAUAGACGAGACCAAGUCGCCUUUGUUUGACGUCCAUGUGGUCAUUUGUUCGCUCACCCUGAGGUAUCCGUCAUGGCCGCCGACGAGAAGCAUGUUGGGGAGCGGGUCCUUGCGUGAGAAGGGCACGGCUGCAUCGGCCCCCUCGCCAUCAUCGCCUGUCGACGGGCCCUCCAACGGGCCUUCAGUCGACUUGCCUGGAGGACUAUACGAGCUUAAGCAAACUGUCGGGAUCGAACCUGACACAAGCAGAUGAGAAGACAAUCAGCUGUGCAAUGGGACUUCCCAAUCGUACCCAUUGAUAGGGCGAAGUCGCACAUCGACAGUGGGCAGGGGUUGUCCUCUGGGAUGGGCAGGGGGAACAGACUCACUGUCGACCGCGACGUGGCCACCACCACCGCUCGGCUGUCGGCCGCCACGCUGUAGGUGCUGAUCUGUGCGGUGGCCGGCUUCCCCAGCAGACGCAGGCGACCACGGAAGUCGAAAGCGGGCAGCUCGAAGACCCCCAGGGCCCGUCCGUCGAGCCAUCUCACGGCGAAGAAGCUGUCGGGUGAGAAGACGAUGGACGGGCAGCCCGACGGCACCUCCUGGAGCGAGGGGCAUCGCAUCGCACAGGCAUCCAUACGAUAUAUCGAAUCAUGCGUCGGUGUGGUGGUGGUGCAUCGUGUGGUGUUGACCUCACCUGUAUGCCAGGGUUUGGAAUGCACCGAACGACCUCGAACGUGUUGCGCUCGUCGUGAAGGCACAGAUCUGGCAAACAGACAGGCAGAGAGGGGAAAACAGAGGAGAGUGGAUCCGUGUGAGCAAGAAAUAUGGAUGGAUGGAUGGAUGGUGGGGUGGUUUGGUCCAGCUGACCUCCUCGUGUGUCGCACGUCACGAGUCGGCAAGUGGGUCUCGCCUCGGCCUCCAGCGGCAUCGUCAGGAAGUGCAUCGCCGUGAUAGAAUGCUGCACGCAUUUUCCAUGCAGUGAGCCAUACGUAUGUCCACACACAGUUGUCAGUGUCCCAUCUGCUCCCACGUACCUGAUGGGUGCGCGACUCCAUGACCCUCUCCGUGCUGAAGACAGCAAGACCCACACACAGCUCAACCAGCGUCAACCGAUACAUUGACUGGCGUGCUGUCUGAUGUGCGUACGUGUCAAGGUCCAGGAUCCGCAGGGCGCCCGUGGCGAAGCCCACAGCCACGAGGUGGGCGUAUGGAUGCAUUGCCACCUGGGUGGCCUCACUCUCCAGCUGGAACUCCAACUGCUGCACUCACGGAGAAAGGAAUACCAUGAGUCCAGUGGGUGGGCUGUAUGUCUUGGUGGGUGGAUGGAGGCACACACCAUCAAGAGUGACGGGAGCCGCCACACACGGAGAGUGUUGUCCUUGGCAAUGCUCGAUACCUCCUGAUACGCACCUGGACGGACGGACGGACGAUGCAACACAGGUAGGUGCGAGCGUCGAUCACUUGCCUGAGACCGCCAGAUGGAUGUACGGCUGCGUGUGAGUCCGGACGAGGGUCUGGUAGUGCUGAUCGCGCACAUUCAGGACACCCACGCCGCCCUCGAGAGUCCCACACAACACCUACAAGUGAGGGCAGACAGACAAUCUCCAGCCACAUCCACCGCUGCAUCUGUGUUGGUCUCACCUGUGGUCCGUCCGGGUUGAUGUCGAGUGACACUGUGGGCGUGUCGUGCUGAGCGUGCAUGUAGAAGCUCGAGAAGUCCAACGGCCACACCCUGGCCACACACACACAGCCAGACGCCGCUCGCUUGGCCUGUUGGUCACUUGUGGGAGGAUGUGUUAAGGUCGCUAGCAUGCCGGAGGUAUUUGUCUUGGCUGACAGUGAAGCAGAAGCCCUCGUUGACGGCAAUGUCCCAGAUGGGGCCAUCGUGGGCCGGGUGACACUCCCGGAACCUGCGACUCGAGUAGUCCACCUGAGUCGACAGACAACGCGCACACAGAGAAAGAUACACGGAUGUUGCGUCGACGGAAAGGCACACAAGUCUCUUUACUGGAUCAUGGUAUUACGCACGCACCUCUAUGACUUGCCCUGUGCUGCAUCCCACAAACACACGGCUGUGGAGGGGAAGGUCCGACCCUGCACAAAUACACACACACACACACACGCAAGUCCGUCCAUCCAUCCAUCCGAGAGGCUUUCCUCGCUGCCUCUCUCCCUCUCUCACAACACACACGUGCCUGAGAAGUACGGCCGUGAGUUUCGGUCGCACUCAAAGUCGAGGGAGGUGAAGAACUUCCCCCGGGCGAACUGGUUCUCGAACUCGACAGAGCAGCCCGGCAGAUGGCCGUUCUGCACACAUCGUCACACACAGCACCCGACACACACACGACACUUGCUGUCGUUGGUGCAUGCGACAAGAGGGAGCUCUCCCGUCUUUGCUGGCCGACCUUGAUUCUGUAGAACCGGAUGUUUUCUUUGCCGCAGGAGACCAGCCUGCCCUCCUCAAAGGGCGAAAACCGGAUGCAGCACACAUCGAAGUCCGACACUUGGCGUGCGAUCUUCGGACACUGACAGACAGACAGACGAUGGAUGCACGGUAGCGUUCGCAUGAGUCAGGCAGGUACACAUGAGUGCGCGUCCUUCGCGAGGUGCUACCGAUGCUUCCUUGGUCAGUCUCAGUGCGAAGACGAAGAUCUCCUGACGCUUCUGGUGGUCAAUCCCCGCUACCUGCCCACACACAAACAGACGAGCACUCAAUCAGCCGCCUGUAGAAUGCGUUAGUCCGUCGGAUCCCUCCCUCCCUCCCUCCCCCCCUCUGUGUGUGUACCACAAGCUGUUUGGCCCGGAGGUCAAAGUCCAAUGCCAGCACCUUGACGAGCGGCGUCAGCUCGGCUGCAGCAAAUGUCUGGACAGAGAGGCAGGCAGGCAGGCAGGCAGGCUUCGGUCCACCAGGAGACCUCGGACAUUCCGCUUACUUACCGCGACUACACGCAGCGGCCUCCGCACCCCGGGGGUCUUGCUCAUCUGCCAUAUCCUGACGAACGACCCAAACACACACACACACGCACAGUGAGUGUGGCGACGAACGGGAUAUGCUAUGCUGUUCUGUUCUGCAGACCAGACCUACCUGAUCAUUGGCCCCUUGUCAUUCUGCAGGCUGGCGGCAAAGCACCCGUCGUCGCUCACGUGCACAUACUCUAUCGGAGCGGUGUGCGCAAACUCAUGGGACUGCUCCCCUGCAGUGCAGCCACCCAACCACCCGACCCACGCACACCACAUCGACGAAACAGACCACCCACCCAGACAGACAAUCGUACAGUACACCUCCGCCCCACAUGGCCUCCGGAUUUCACUGACUGACUGACUGGCUGACCUGAGUCGGGGUCCAUGACUACAAGUGCCGACGAAAUGGCCAUGAGUACGCGCGUCUUGCCCUCGGCCGCACCCGUGGUGGGUGCGGGUGCGAGGGGGUCGGACGGGCAGCGCACCCAGACGGCGUGCCGAUGCCUCUCACGCGAUGCACUCGACAGACCCAUCAUGCGAUGCGGACUCAACACAGGAUGCCUGUGGCAAUCAAUCAAUGCCACACACACACGGACGCACACACAGAGACAGAUGCCAUGGAGGAAGGACCACCCAUCGCAUAAACCACCUACCUCAUGACAUGCGACACCGACGGCUGCCCAGGCUGCGCACUGACCAUGACCGACUGGCCAGCCCCCGGCCCCCGAACCGACGCCGCGCUCUCAGCCUGUCCCGCAUGCAGAUCCACCGGCACCGACAUGGACGGUGGCGAGAGGGAACGAAUGUGACGCCGAUCCAUCUCGUCCAUAUCGUCGCGAUGAUGCCGGGAUGAGACCGUUUCUCGGUGACCGAGUGGUGGCGACGGCCUUGGGGGUGCGGACGACGGCCUGGGUGGGUGGGGAGGGAUCUCCUCGAUAACGUCGUCAUCCUCCCGCACGCCGCGUGCAGGUGGCAUGGGCGAGGGAGGCUGAGGCUGCUCGGAGCCCUCCGUCGUGGCCGGUGCAGUUGGGCGGACGUGAGGGGCGUUUGGGAUAUCGAGCCAUCCGAAGGUCGAGUCCCAGCUGCCGUCACUCACGUGCGCAGAGAAGCGAAGCUCACGGGGAAGGGUCUGGAGGGGGGGAGGAAGAGAGAACAAAGGGCCUUGUGCUUUGUGGGUGUCUGUCAGGGCUCCCGAGUGACUUGACUUACGUGCGGCAGGUAGAGGGCGUCAGAAGUGAAGACGCCGCGUAUCUUGAGGCAGGAGCAGACCUGGAUGGCCUUGAGUGUGUGGCAGGAGGGCAGCUGACGGGUGAAGUGCGACAGCAGCGAGGGGACGUGCACACACACCACACUCCAACAGCUCUGCAGAGGCGCCGGGUACUGCACCACGCGCGACAACAUCUGAGAGAGAGAGAGAGAGAGAGAGAGAGAGAAACGCAUCCACGGAAGAGAUACCAGGAUUCAGAUUGACUGCCACGCGAUGUGUAGUAUUUCGAGCGGGCGUCCCCGCUACUUCCCUCUCUCUUACUUUGGGUUCACGGAACAUGUUGCUGAGCGAUAGGCGAAGGGUCGUCUGGUCCGCCACAAUGAAAUCCUGACAGACAUUCCAAUGCAUUCGCACAUGGACCCCAUCCCAUCCCAUCUUACUCCCUCCCUACCAGAUGAAUCACGAAGUGGGAAGCCGCCAAGGGCAUGACCUGCAGGUACACCUGGGAGGAGCAAACAGAGCGUGCAGUGCAUGACAAUGACACACACGUUGCGUUGCGAUGUGAUGUGCAUGACCGUCGGCUCGGUGUGUGCGGUUCGCUUACGAAUGCGCCGGUGAGUCCGAGAGAUUUGACGUGGCUGCUGGGGUGGGGCAGCUGCAGAAAGUUGGUGGCGCUGACGGGGCCCUGAAUCUUGAUCACCCUCUUCCCUAUCGUACGGUCCUACACACAACACAACACAACACACCACGCACCAAGAUGCAUUCGAUUCGCUCACGUCCAUCCAUCCAUCCAUCCAUCCAUCCAUCCAUCUGUGUUUGUGUGUCAGACUGUGUGAAUCCGCUGCCUGCCCACCAUUUCUUCGGUGACGUUGCCCUGCUGUUGGCAUGUGGCCUUGCUCGUCACAUCGAAGGCCUUGAACACGUUGACAUACGGAUGCUGCCACAGCCGAGCCAUCCUAGGAAUGCAAUGCGGACCGCCUCCUUGAGCUAUGUCAGGAUUGCCAGCUUGGCAAGAC